AUGGAAAAUUCGGCCUUUGGACGGCUCAGCGUCAAGUUCGAGUCGCCCUUCAAAGCACGCAAUCUAGAGGACGAGCAGCUGUGCUACGUCGUGAAGAUGCCCUCUACCGCCCGGCUCAUACGUGGUCAGUUGGUCGAGAUCAACGGGCUUCAGGCGCCGAAGGCUACUUCAGAGCGCUGGAGACAAGAUGGCGACAAAGGAGCCCGCGACUUCAAUGGCCAGCAGGGCCAGCUCAUCGAGUUCAGCGAUGAGACCGGCGAAUGGACAGUGGCCACGUUUUCUGCAGACAUGGUCUCAGUGCCUGAGUCCAACAUCAGGCCCUUGACGACAGACGACCUUGCAGACUGCGACAUCGCUUUGGGACCGGCGUCAGAUACCGGUGUCAUGGGAGCAGAGCUUACCGAUAGCCUGUCGCAGAAAGGGUACGCGCUUUGCAAACUCUUCGUUGCGCCAGAAGACUUGACAGAGAUGGCCAACACAGCAGACAGGUGCGUUGAGGGAGGCGCGUUUUCCCGCCUGCCUCCUGAACUCGAGACAGGCUACCUGGGCAAGGAGGGCAAGGGAAAGACACUGUCCGUCGAUCUGGAAAGCAGCGACACAGCUGACUUUCUACGGGAGUCGCCCUUGAAAAUCUUCGAAGAUGCCAUUGAGACUGUAGGUACAUUGCUGCGACCCUUCGUAGAAACCGAGCUUGGCUUCGACAUCUACAGCCGCAGCAGUACGAUGAUGUCUUUGCCUUUCAGCGAGGAUGAGGAUCUCUACUCCGCGCCGGAGCUGGAAAACGAAGAAGCUGCCAGCUUCCUCUCGAUGAUGUGGCGGGCAAAGGUCAUGAUCCUCAUUAAUUCUGGGCCCGGUGCCAGCGUGCUGACACUGACCCCAAAGGCCAUCACUGAUCAGGAUCCUGUGGAGCCACAGCUUACCAUCCAGCCGGGAAUGCUUUGUAUAUUCAGCAUGGACAGGUACAAGUUUGCCUGCAGUUCAGAUGGGAAAGCUUUGUCGCUUUCUGCAUUCUUUUUGGAUGCUCCUCGCGAGUAUGUCAUUGAUAACAUCACCGGGGACCUUACAUUCUUGACGGGCUCGAUCAGCGGGCCCUCGCAGCCAAAGGUAGAAUCAGUACCUGUGGUUUCCAUGGGCAUGAGAUAUGCCUUUGGCGUAGAUGAGCCAUGGAAGACGUGGGUGGCCUACGCGAAAGCUGGCUGGGACACCAUUGUCAGGCAUCCCACAUCAAGAUGGGACUGCGAUAUUUAUUACGAUCCUGACGCAGAUCAAACAUCUGGCAAGUCCUACACUUGCCAUGGUGGUUUUUCUGAUGGUAUAGAACUUUUUGACUGCCGCUUCUUCGAUAUUUCUCCGGCUGAAGCCAGAGGCAUGGAUCCGACGCAGCGCCAGGUCUUAGAGGUCUCUUACAUCUCCCUUCAGGGCGCUGGAUGGACGAAGAAAAGCCUCCAGGCCAAGCCUGCCAACAUUGGCGUUUUUGUUGGGCUGGACAAGAAUGAGUGGAACAGCAUACCGAAGGACAUUUCUGGUGGAUUCGCCGCAUCAAGCGGAGCGAAUGCAAUCACUGCCAACCGUUUCAACUACUGCAUGAACCUGAAGGUGGUAGACUGGGGCUGGCUCGAGCCUGUGAGGUAUUUGAUGCACAAGCACUAUGAAUGCCAAGGCAAGAGUCCUGGACAACCUCCUGUUUCGGUGGUCACCAACAUACUGUUGCGGCAGCAGCUGGCAGCCGCGACAUCGGUGCCGGCCGCAGAAGACAAUGUUGCUGUUAAUCGUAUGUUGGAUCACCUCUGGCCAUACGUGGCAGAAAACACAACGAGGGAGCUGACAAUGCAACUGGAACCCUCGAUACGGUUGGCUUUAAGCAAGCUGCCCUCACCUCUCAACAAGUGCAGUGUGGACUUGCAGCGUUCUACUUUGGGGACAAGGCCCUUGCGAUUCUUGGCGCCGCAUGCAUCUUGGUCGAGUCCUGCAAGCUUCACCAUAAGCUUGCGAUUAGAAUGGGACAGUGACAGUUCGGUCUACUUGAUGUUUACAGGAGCCACGUUGGGAAUCGUAAACCUCAGAGUCGUUGGAAAUCUGAUCGUCGAACUGUUGCUGUCUUGUGGCGGAUCCCGAUCCCUUCGAAGCUUGCUCUCGGGCUUCCGCGUUUUCUUUCCAACGCCGCCAGAUAUCCAGUUUGAUAUCGACCGCGGCCAAUUAGCCAUAGCUGUGAAUUUCGCAAUGCUGAAACGCAUGAUUUUUCAAGCCAUCUCAGACAAGUGGGCAGAGAAGAUGGUCUUCCCCAACUGCCAGGGCCUUUCUUGGACGAGCAGCCUUGACAUCCUGGAUGUAAAGCGGCCGGGUGUGGAAGGCAUUCUCAUCCUUCAGAUCACCUCAAUCAAGGGACUUGCAGAACCAGGCAAGUACAUCGUUGAGAUGAUCUUUGGAUCUGAUGUUCACUCCGCUUGCUGCGAGCUGGAUGCAUGCUCGGCUUCACUCCACGAUGUUUGUCGUUUGCCCGUCCUUGUGCGAGCAUGCGCUCACCAGCGGCUUCUGGUGAAGCUGUCGAGAGACUGGGCUGCUUCCUAUGAACAGCUCGGCUUCCUUAGCCUGCGAGCUGCUGACCUUGUGAGUGCCGCUCGAGAUGGGGCUCGAACCUACACGCUUGAGUCGACGGAUCCGAGCGGUGCACCUGCAUCGAAGCAGUCUAUCAACGUCAGCUUCGACUGGUGGCCGGUCCAUGCCGUGCAGGAGGAGGACGCCCUGCCAGCACUUCUUUCGGUCGGCAUAUACUCGGCAAUGGUGCCGCGCGUUGACGGUGUGUUCUGGGUUGUUCUUCAGCUUGGCAGUGCCGGCAAGACGACGAGGACAAGUCAGAAAAGUCCGCGAAACGACGCUGAAUUGCAGAGGAAGCUCCAAAUCUUGCAGAAAUACCGGAUAGAGGACAGCGACCUGGCCGAAGUGCUGGACGAAGUGGGCCCGGAGAUGUUGAAGCACCACGCAGGCACUUGGGGCAAAGUUGAGUGGCUUGAGAGCUUCGAUUUCCGGCUGGAUCCACGAAGUGCGGGAAUGCCAUCUUUGACGGUCGAGCUGUGGCACAAGGCACCAGGAAAGUCGGAGACGAAAACGGGAGUCCAUCAGCUAGUUCCAGGAUGUGGCAGCCGCCGAUCGUUGGCUUUUGAAGCUUCUUCGGCAAGGCUGCAGUUUCGAACGCAGCUGGCCUACUUUUCAAAGGCCUCCAAUGUCAAAUCGACGUUCAGUUCCGCGCCAGAGGAGCCAGAAGCUGGAAUUUCAAUGGCAUCCGCUUUCGCUUCAGCGGUCGACGGUGGAAUGGUGGUAACUGACGCAGUCACGACGGCUGUGAACGAGGGGCUGGCUGCCAUGGAAGGUGCUUACAAUGGUCUUUCUGCUGCAGCAGGGGCAGGAAUUGAGGGAAUUUCGUCGACGUGGACAUAUGCCAUGGCGCAAGAGUCCAAACAGGAUGAGCCACCUCGAACAUCCUCAGAAGGCACAGUUGCGACCGCGAGCAAAAAGACGAAGAAGCGAGUGGCUUGCGGCCGAGACCAGGCAGUAAUCAUCUGUGGCGUCAACUUGAGCUUGAGCCCACUAACGUACGUCAGCGGGUGCGGUGCAGGCAUGCAUUCUCACCUUGGUCGCUGUUUCACCUACAACUUCUCGGCGGACGGCUACACUAGGGGUGAGGCUACGGCAUCCACUGCCCUGAAGUUAAAGCCGUUCGAAAGGGAGCAGGGCGACUUCUGCCUCUUGGCAGGAAGCCAGGUGAACCAGGAUGGGCGCAGUGCUUCUUUGACUGCACCGAACGGACCAGCGCAGGAAAGAUGUGCACAGGCUGUCAUGAAGGAAAUCGGUGUGAAGCCACCGGAGAUCGACACCACUGAGUGCCACGGUACAGGCACUUCCUUGGGAGAUCCCAUCGAGAUUGGUGCCUAUAGGAAGGUCAUGGCUUCUGUACCAAGGCACGAACCCGUGGUCGUCACGUCCUCCAAGAGCAACAUCGGUCACUGUGAAGGCAGUGCUGGAAUUUCUGGAUUUCUGAAGUGUGUGCUUUUGAGCUUGUAUGGCGAAGCAACGCCCAACUGCCACCUCAACUGCUUGAACCCGCACUUGGACAUGACUGGAUUUCCUGGGAUCAUCACAACAGAGAAUGCCACUUUCCGUGCAGAGGCCUCGUACAAUGGCGUCUUGUCCUUCGGCUUCGGUGGGACGAAUGCUUGUGCUACAGUCUGGGGUGUCAACCAAAUGACAUCGAGAGGAGUUGGCACAAACAAGGACCUAUACAGCCUCUUCAUCAGGAAGAUGCAGGAUGCACCUCCCCAGGAGGUUACGAUUGUUGGGGACGACUGGGAGGACUGGGAGAUGGGCGGUCCUGACAAGGACGCAAGGUUUAACGACAUCUUCGAGGUUGAGCUUGAUCCUGAUGGCGUCGUGAGCUAUUGGAAGAAGGACAAGGAGGUACCAGACAUGGGUUGCCCCUACUACAUCACCGGGACCUUUAACGAUUGGAAAUAUGACGAAAUGGAGGCAGAUGCAAGUGUGCCCGGCCUCUUUUACGCGUCUAUUCGCAUUACUGCCAACGUUGAGGAAGAGUUUCAAAUCAUUGCAGACAAAGAGCCGAAGAUGACUUUCCAUCCAUCCACCAGGACAUCGAUGAAGUCUUCUACAGUCCGCGGGCCAGAGGAGACGAAGCGAGAAAAUUGCUGGUGUGUCAGAGGAUCGAAAGGGGAGAGGUAUAGAGUCGAAUUCUACAGAUCUGACACGGGUGCAGCAACGGUGUCCUGGCUGAGAGAGCAGUAG